GAUCUUUGCUCUGGAUCCGUGUCUGACUAUUACUGAUAAAAAUAUGUUUACUUUAUGAAUCGAUUAAUUUGAUGAUUAAUAACAUUUUUCAUAUUUUGACUGAUUAAUUUGAAAAGUAUUACCAUUGAUUAUAUAUUAGUAAAUGUAAUAAGAUUAUAAUCGUAUUGUUACUUACUUACACCGCUCACACCUAAUAAGUAAUAAAUAAUAAGUGGUUAUGCAGUAAACAAUUGUUUAAAAAAAGUCGCUGUAUAAAGAAGAUAGAUGGCGCCACGUAUACUAUAUUUCUAUAUAUAUUCCUAUAUUUGAAUAUUUCCAUCCAGCGGAGUUGGUCAGUACUCAGUUUAAUCUAUAUGAAAUAUACUUCAAGGUGUAUUUAUUUACAAUACAUAUAAAUACACCUAGCUAUGCUUGUAACCUGCUUUGUUCCUCCGUAGACUCCAAUAGUGAAGUGUGAUCUACACAUUUUUUUAAAAACCACUCGAUUUGGUAUUUGCAUAAUACAUGGAAUCGGGAUAAAAAGAAGCAUAGUACUUAUGACAUAAUGAUAUUCCUCGAGUCUCGACAGAUCUAUAUUGAUAUAACUGUUAUCGAAAUCGAUCCAGUGGUUUUAAAGAUUAGCUGUAAGCCUGUAACAGGCAAAACUCAAUUUCACAUGUGUAUGCAUUGCUAUCGAACAAAAGUACAGCAACUUAUUCGAGAAUGUUUAUGGUAAUAAAAGGAGCAGCUCUAAGGAAUGGAUUAGUAUUUAACCCAAAAACAUUUCUAAUUGAUUUUGAAAUUGGUAUGAUUGUUUCUAUUAGAGAAACUUUUGGCUAUGAAACAUCUAUAAAAGGAUGUUUAUUCCAUUUGGGUCAAGCGAUUUGGCGGAAGGUUCAAUAUUUAGGGCUUAUUCAUGAUUGCAAUCAAAAUGGCGAGAUAAAAAAAACGGUCCGCCGUAUUUGUAGCCUUGCUUUAGUACCAAAAGACCAAAUAGAUUAUUGUUGGAUAGAAAUUCAUGCCCAAGCGCCUGAACAUGAAGGUUUGAAUAGACUGAUGAGUUACUUCGUAGAAACAUAUUUGGAUACCGAUGUCUGUAUAUUUAAUCGUAGCAUAUGGAACCACUACGAAACAGACCAUACGAGGACAAUUAAUCACCUCGAAGGUUGGCAUGCAGCACUUAACAGGACUAUAAGUCGACCACAUCCAAACAUUUUUAUUUUGAUCAAAGAACUAAAAACCAGUAGCAAAAUUUUGAGCUUGAUAUUCUGUCUCAAAAAAAAUGUAGUCGAGCUCCAAAAAUAAGAAAAAAGUACAAAACGUUGGAAGACAGACUAAAAAUUGCAAAAGAGCAGUAAAUAAGAGUUAAUUUAUUACCUAUACAAUUAUAAUAUAUUAAUUCCUACAAUUAUGUUUUAAAUUUUAAUUCAGACUUGGAAAUGGACAAAUAACAAUUAUGGAAUAUCUAGACGCGAUCAUAUACCACUUUCAUCUUGAAUAAAAAAAAAACUUUUGAUUUUACCUAACCUAACCUAUAUAUUAUACAUUUAUACAUAA